UUAACGCACAUCGAGCCUGAUUAAUUAUUUCAUCAACCAAUUAAUGGGCUUCCAGGCGACGUCCCGCGCUCUGGCCGCGCUGCUCCUGGCGGCGGCGCUGGCAUCGACGGCCCCGCGCGGGGCGUGGGGCGCGGUGCAGUGCGGGCAGGUGACCCAGCUGAUGGCGCCGUGCAUGCCGUACCUGAGCGGGGCGCCCGGGAUGACGCCCUACGGCAUCUGCUGCAACAGCCUCAGGGUGCUCGCGGAGCUCGCCGCCACCACCGCCGACCGCGUCGCCGCCUGCAACUGCGUCAGGGCGGCCGCCGGCGCGGGCGGGUUCCCGCCCGUCGACUUCACCCGUGCCGCCGGGCUCCCCGCCGCCUGCGGGCUCAAGAUCAACUUCGCCAUCUCCCCCAACAUGGACUGCAACCAGGUUACAGAUGAACCAUGAGGUCCAAGUUACUGGAGAUCCAGCCACACGUACGUAGGCAAGUACAGAUCGAUGGAAACUUGAAGUGUACGUGUUGGAUCAGAAUCCACUUAAUCCAGUUAACCAAAAUAAAACGAGCAAGAUGUAUAAGACUGAACAAGCUAGGCCCCUCGAUUAUGCACGUGUUACUGUUUAGCUUCACAUAAUUUGGAAUUACACAAAAAAGAGAUUAAUGUAACUGCAUUCGUUAUCCCUGAUGUACAUACUUUUAUCUAUUUCUGUGCUUAUGAAAUAAACUACAGUAUAUGCUGCGCUACUCCA